AUUCGUAUUCCAAAAGUAUAAACAAAAUUUAGAAAAAUUCAGAAAAAUAAGAACGCAAUUAAAUAAAAUAGAAAAAAAAAAGAAUAAAGGAAGAGAAUAAAACAACACUCUGCCCAUUGGUUCAACUUCACCAUAAAAUCACACUGUGGGCUUUAGCAAUUUUCCACUUUCAUUUUCUUUUUUAAAGUGGAUAAAACCGUGUUCGUUUAUUGUAAUUAUUAUUUCUUUUUAUUAUUUUUAUUACCCUGUUGUAAUAUUCUACCUUUUCCUCUUUAUCAAAAUUUCCGCAGAGAGUUUACUGACGGAUUAUUUGAUUAAUGUGGCGUAUUACACGCUCCACCGCUUUCCGGAGACCCGGGGCGUGAGACCCACAAACCCACGAAACACGACAACGCGCUUCUCAUUAAUCUAAAUCACCUUCAAUAACCGCAUGCCACGUGGUCAUAUAAUUCCACUUCACUAUGCAUACAUGGCAAACGAAGAAGCAGCCUGUCACGUAGAUCACCCAACCACUCUGGUCAUUUAAAAUUCCCCCUCUACUUUAACCGCAGUGGAAAAUUGCAGUUCAUUGAUUUUUUAACCCAACCACGGUCACCUCAACCCAACCCCGGUCAAAUGCGAGUUAAGAGCCAGUUUAUAACCAAGCUAACCCUGCCGGAGUUCCUGUAAGCAAAAGCCAUCACCCAAAAAAUGAUGCUCGGAGAGCACCAUCGAGCGAAUCCAACCGUCCACGUCCCACCGUGGCCAACCAACGAUGAUCCAACGGCUGAGAUGUACUCUUCUUUUUUAUCAAACGACGUCAAUGCUGCCGAGUACUCUCCCUACUAUAUUCAAGAAGCGUUAACGGCGCUGCAGCGUUAUCUUCCUGCCAACGAGACUGACGCUGACUCGGACUCCGAGGCUCAACCCGACGCGCCGGUGGACGCGUACUCCUGCGACCAUUUUCGCAUGUACGAGUUCAAGGUCCGUAGAUGCGCUCGUGGCAGGUCGCACGACUGGACCGAGUGUCCGUACGCGCAUCCCGGCGAGAAGGCUCGCCGUCGAGACCCUCGCAAGUACCAUUAUUCCGGCGCGGCAUGCCCUGAGUUCCGCAAGGGGAGUUGCAAGAAAGGUGAUACGUGCGAGUUCGCGCACGGCGUCUUCGAGUGCUGGCUACACCCUGCGCGCUACCGCACGCAGCCGUGCAAGGACGGAACCAGUUGCCGCCGGCGCGUGUGCUUCUUCGCGCACACUCCGGAACAGCUGCGUCUCGUUCCGAUGCAGAGUCCUCGCAGCUCGGGGGAUUCGUACGACGGUUCUCCGAUGAGACAGGUUCUGCAGUCUUCGGCGUUCAUGUCGUCUCCGGCUGCUUCUCUUUCUCCACCGGAGUCUCCACCCGUGUCACCUUCUAUGAACGAGAUGGUGGCUUCUCUGCGUAAUCUGCAGCUUGGUAAGAUGAAAUCGAUGCCACAUAACAGAAACGUUUCUGUCGGGUCUCCGGGUUACGGGUCACCAAGAGGUUCCGUACUUCGACCCGGGUUCUGUAGUCUACCCACAACACCAACUCAGCAACCGGGUCGGUCUGGGGUGAACUAUUUGGAUAUUUGGGAGCGAAGUGUUGAGGAGGAGCCAGUGAUGGAGAGGGUGGAGUCUGGAAGGGGCAUAAGGGCAAAGAUGUUUGAGAAGCUGAGCAAAGAGAACUCCCUGGAGGGAUCGGGUCAGGGAAGUGGAGCUCCGGAUGUUGGGUGGGUUUCGGAGCUUGUGAAGUGAUUAUUGUUGUGGCGGGUUACUGAAAAAUGAAGAUUUAUUUUGGAUAAGGCGAGCAAGUAGCUGUAAAUAUGUUAUUUUGGUGGUAUGCAUGGGUGAAGUGAAGAAGAGGGUCUGUUUUUUUGGGGCAGUUUUCUUGAAAAAUCAAGAAUUUAAGACUUCUAUAUGCCAUUGAUUUGGAAGAUGAAAGAAAGUAUCCAUAACCUUUUGUAUAGCUAGCUUAUUAUUAUGGUUAAUUAUCAAUUAUCAUCACCAUGUUUUACUUCACUAGUGUGCGUUUAAUGUUACUCCUUUCACUACUAAUCUCAUUCAUGUACAAAUGUAUAAUAUGUAGGAUGAUCCAACCCCAAUCUGUUAUGCAAAUUGCUUAUGUAAUCUAUAAUAUUUUAUCAAAUUGUUUUGCUCUCUUUUA